AUGAUGGUUCAUCCACCUCCCACUCCACCUCACAACAAUCGCAUGUCCCCUGACCAUCAAGCAUUGACUCCACCGGUCAGACCUAACAACAGAACCUUAGGCAAGUCAUCUACUGGGAAGAGCUCUAUUGUUCCCAAUACAGUGACAAAACCAAAGAAGGCCAUCAAGCAGGGCAAACCUAAACAACCAGCCAAAAAGGCCCGUACAAGUGCAGGUGUCCAAUUUCAGGAAACAUCUCCUGCUCAAACCUUGGCGGCCCCGGCUGUUCAAGUAGACAUGUCUCACAUGGAAGGGGACAACACCACUGCUGCGUCUCAAGAUGAGAGCCAAACCUCAUCUCUUACUGCGUCUACCCCGCGAGGUGGAGGGCCUCCAUUCUUCUCUCCUCCUCCUGGGAAGGCUCCGAGUGAUGGCGCCAGUAAAUCUUCUCCGUCCGCCCGUGAAGCUCCCCGCUCCGCAGAGGGGACAUGA